CAACAGGCAAUAGGUAAUGCUGUUUGUUCUUGUGUGAAUUGACUGUAAAUUGACAAAUGCUAAAUUUUUAUGGUAACGAGAAAGAUAUACAUUAAACUUUAUGGAAAUCAAUGCUGGUUGUAUUUUAUAAAUUAAUCUAUUCCUCAAAAAUAUGGCUCAGCCUCAAGGUCGUAGCAUAUUAGCAAUGAUAAUUAGAAACUUUCUGAACUCUCUGAAACCAAGACAGUUUCGAGGAACUCUGAUAGGCUCAGAUUAUUUCGGUAACAAAUAUUAUGAGAUCCCAUCAAAUCCAUCGGUUGGCAAAAGAAGAGCGAAUAGAUGGUUUGAUCCACCGCAAAAGGAAGAUUUUAUGCAAGAGAUGCCAGCGGAAUGGGAAGCAUGGCUGAGAGGUAGAAGGAAGGAACCUCCUACUGAAGAGGAAGUUAUGAAAAAUCUUGCCAUAAUGCAAAUGAAGAAAAAAAAUGCAAUAGAAGUGGACGCCAAAGCCGGCAAAAUGACUCCUAUGACAAAGGGUAUUGAAACAUUUCCACGUAGACAUGAUUAUGAAACUGUACCUGGGAAAAGAAACUGAUAAGUUCUCAUCCAAUUGUGAAAAAAGUUAGUGUGCACUGUAAUAGUUAUAUAAAAUCUUUUAAAGAACGUUUUAUUACUGAUAGCCACAUCUGUUGGCCUCACUAUAAUUUUAGUAUAUUUUGUCAGUAAGGAUACCAAACAAAUAGUAUGAAUUGAGGCAUG